UAAGGGCGGUAAAAUGUGAAGAAGGAAAGUAGUUAACAUUGUCUUUUUUUAAAGAGAGAUUUAAUUGACCAGUUUAAUCUUUCAUCAUGUUACCAAUUGAAAUAUGGUUUUUAGGAGAGGUUUGUCGUUGGCGACAUGUGGCGAGCAUCAUCUGGUUUAUUCUUUUACUACCUCCUGUUUCAUUUGUUUAUCUCUUUCUCGCACAAAUCUAUCUAUUCCAUCCUUGGACUUGGAUUUCAAACUUCCUGUAUAUGUGGUUUUCCCUUUGGUUCCUAAUUGGAGUUAACUUCAUUGUGUUCGUACACUCUGCUCAUAUGUGGUUUUCAUUCUCUUCAUUUACUGUGGUUCCUGUGAUUUAUAAUACGAGAUGUGAACGUUUCUUGUCAUUGUUUCGUAUGUCUAGAUUACCAUACCUCGUGUCUUAUGUAGCUCUUGGUAUCAUUAUGGCGUGGAGUGCUGCUUCAUUCUUCAUUGGCGAACGAUUUGCUGGUCUGACCUACAAGCUUACAACAUCAAGUGAUGCUGUAUAUCUCAAUGAAAGCCACUUGUUUUUGAUCCUCUAUGGAGUAUACUUGGGUGUGGUUGCCUACGGUGAUUUUAUUCUUCACACAAACUACCUGGAAUUUCCUGUUGUGCAAAGAAAAAAGAUAGAACGAAUAAAAUUGGAAAUAGUACCAUUGUUAAACCGAUGUGCAAAGCAGACAUUACAGAAGCUAAAAUAUUUCUAUAUUUUAUAUUUCUUUUUUGGGGCAAUCCCUCGUCGAUGGGUGUGUACUAGUAUUAACAGGACCAUUCAUCCUGAAAUACGUCCACUAGACUCGAUUCUUGGACUUUUUGACAUGGAACUGCUGUGGCAAACUUUGACUUUUGGAAUGUUUGCCAAUGUCUGCUGGAGUUUGGGUACUUUACUGGUUAAAGUGCACCACACAGAGCAUUAUGCAUUUCAAAUCGUCCACAUUUUACAGGCGAGCCGUGAUAAAUGCCUCAGUGAUGCUCUGUCAUCAAGGAGUAUUCCACUUCUACAGUAUUUAGGUUAUCAAGAUGUGAGUCACCUGUCACAGUUUUCACCCAUUAGAAGAAAAGAAGUCUUUAGUCUCAGUCAACCUGGCGGCCACCCACACAUCUGGAAUAAACUUUGUUCUGCUUGUUUGUCGAGCAUUGAUGAACUGAUAUCACAUGUUCAUCGAGCUAACUGGCAAGCUGUUACUGCCCUUCCACUAAAAAAGCCAGUUGCUGCCAAAAAUAGCAACUUUAAUCACACAGCUAACAUCUCUGGUUCCUUUCUCAAUCAGACUGGACCAAACCUGUCCAUGUCUGUGGAACAUUCAUUGAACACAACCAAUCCUCCGGUCGUACAGCAGGCAAAACCAGUUUGGAAACGAAAGAUAUCUUUAAUCAUCAAAGAGAAUUCUCUGUUACAUUAUUUCUUCAAUGAGCUCCCGAAUGCUAAAAGUCAUAGCUUAUUUGCAUCUGCCCAGCCUUCCAUCUGGUCUAUUGAAGCACUGUCAUUUCUAGUAGCAGCUUCAUACAGCGAGGACCAAUAUGGUGUAGUUCAACAAACACUUCCUAAUAUUCUCACCAGUCUGCUGACGUUACAUGAAAAUGUAGAAAAAUAUUCCAAGUUGACAUCUAGUGUGUGUCACCCAUCUCACAAGGACCAGCUGACCUCGGGGAUGGGAUCACUAAGAUAUCGCUUGCAGAUUACAUUAAAAACCAGCAUUCACAGAAUAGUCGACUCGUUUGGAAAGCACCUUUUGAAUGUCCAUCUUAGUCCUGAAUGUGCCAAGAUGUUGAAGCCAUUUAUGGAAAUGAGGCAUGGAGUCCACUCAUUAGAGUAAUGUGUCAAAAUGCUGGCAAUAUGAACAAUCUUCUUUUUUUUCUCCUAACAUCUCAUUUUGUGUGCAUUUACCCCGUACCCAUGGACUGUUUUUAAAACACUGUCAAAAUUUUGGGACAUGUUCAGUCCAUGUAAGGUGAUAAGGAAUGCAAUGUUUAGAAAUACUGGAAGCAUUUCACAAUAAACAAUCGGUCACUUAUGAAGAAAAAGAAGAAUGUAAAACAAUGAGUAGAGUACAGUUUGAAAAUGCAUCAUUUGGGAAUUAUCAGUCUGUAAUGGGUAUUAUAAAUUCAAUACAAGUUUUAAAAGCUGUCAGCAUUUGGAGAAUAGCAGUCCAUGUAAUGUAAAUAAAAAUGUUCAUACAUGAAAUAUUUUAAAGUACUUAUAAUAUUUUGAGAAACACAAUCUAUUUUUAGAAGAGAACCAAGAACAGCAAUAGGACAGAGUACUGUGUGAAAGUGAUAGAAAAACUUUAAAGGGAAAGUAAACUAAAACAUAGCCUUAUCUGUUGGAAAGCUGCAUACCCGGACCACCAACACAUACUGACACUUUAACAAAUGAAAAUUAGAGUUUUAGAGUUAAUAAAAAAAAAUGUGAUUAUUCCUGCUAACUGGGGGCAGCCAUUUUCUUUUAUUUUCGAGGCAUCCAGUAUAGCUAGCUUGGGGCGAAGUGACGUCAGUUCAGGACUGACCAAAUCCUUUAUGCACAGUGUAAACAAAAGCAGUAAUUAUCGACAAGGCACUUCUUUUUGGUCAACCUGACUUGUAAAACAACAUAAAUGAAAUGAUAAUAUAAUAAACUAUUUAACUCAGUAUAUUUCAAGUUGCAUUAAUGGACCGUAAUGGGGUUAUAGUAUUUUUCUCCGUUAAAUAAUCCAAAGGAAAAAUGUACACUAAUAGACCUAUUUGUAUGCUACAUUGGAGCAAAAAUUACAACCCAUGAUACCCAAGUGAUAAUGUUCUUUUCUUUGGAACUACGUAAUUGGUCAGUUCUGUAGUUUUAGAAGGGGAAAGUCUACUUUAUCAAUAGCUUUACAGAGCUGUUUACAUAAAUAAAUCAUGUCUAUUUCUAUUUUAGGGGCAACAAGUAAGAUUACACAAUACUGGUCUGUAUUUUCGUGUCUAGACAGCGUCAAUUAAUUGGCUCAUCUGGUUACCACUCAAAUACACAUCUGCCAAUUAGGAAUCACAGGUAGAGGCAGCUACUAGCAUAGACCAAUUAACUAAGAAAACACUCAAGUGUAUCAUUUCAUUUAGGUUAAUGCAUGGACAAAACAUGAUGUAUUUAUUUUUACUUGUUGUGU